GAAGAUCUUAAACAGUGUUGUAAUUGCUAGUACUGUGACUUACUUGCUCUAAUUAAUUACCCUGUCGAGCUGAGAGGGAGCGUGGGUGUCAUCAAAGCCGAACAAGGCCCCUUUGAGGUGGGAAACUUGUGGCUGAAUGACUUUAAUCAAGUUACGAUUAAUUUCAAAAGGGCACGACUUAAUUUAAAAGGUAUGUUUUUCUCGUCCUCUGUAUUGAAAUACAUUUGGUAUCAUGUGUGUCAGUCAGUAAAGUCCUUUAGCUCCAAACUUUGUGUGCAUGUGGGAGACUGCAGAACCUAGAGCUGCAAUAGACCAGUUUGCACGUUGGUGGUUUAAAUCCAUCCUGUCUUUGACACCUUAUGUUAAAGAAUUACAUAACUAUAUAUUACUAUAGAAUCAGAGGAUCUAACAUUAUUGAAUGCAACUUUCUUAGAUUCCACUGCUAUUUUGAAGAUUGAAUGUUGUUCAUACAAGAAUUCCUGCCAGUGUCUAUUUACAAUCAGUCUUACACACCUGUACUAGAGGAAAUGUGAUUUUCUUUAUUAACCCAGCUAAAAUUUGUAAUUUCUGCAAAAUGCAGGUGUGUUUUUUACCUGAAAGAGGUACUUAACCUUUGUGCCAGAUUUUGCUACUCACUCCUUACGCAAAGACAAACCCACCAGUAGAUCAUGAACAGAGCUGUAAUUGCGAGUAAGGUUGCUCAGUGGCUUUAAUCAAUUAUAGUUCCAUCCUCCAUGAGAAAUGACGAGCGCAGGUGUCCUCAAAGCAGAAUGAGGCUCCUUUGAGGUGGGAAACGCAAGACUCAAUGACUUCACUCAGCUGGGUCACUGGACACACAGCAGAGCUUUGACGCGUACAAAUUGUGCUUGAAGAUGCUGUGUUCAUCCUGGGAGGCUCAGAGGCUGGCAGGGGACCAACGGAGCAGGGACAUUGCACUCCAGAUGGCCCAGAGAGGCCAGAGGAAGAGAGCUGUCCAAGCCCAGCUGGGAAAUUUAUCACAUUGUCGUCUGACUGUGCCUCAUGCUGUGGAUGAAGUUAAAGAUGGUGGUGGACUCCCUGCGUGGACGGAGAAGGAGGCUGCCCUGUUACCUCUGGUUCCUCCUGCUGUUCGCUGCUGGAGGUCUGGUUCUCUUCAUCCACCAGCGAGAUCUGUCAGAAAUGGUCCAGCAACAAGGCCCAGGCGUAAAGCUUGGAAGCACUCAACGGCAGUCCAGAGAGACUCUUUCUAUGCAAGACAGAGAGAGAGGCAAAUCUGACAAUUAUCAACACAUACAAGAAACAGAAGGCAUCUUGUCCAGCCCAAUCCCUCCAAUGCAGUUCCCACACUUUGAGGAAAGUACACAGACGGCCACCCUUGGGUCUCGGGAGCAGAACAGACAGACGGCCAUCCCUGGGUCUCGAGAGCAGAGUAGACAGAUGCUCAUCACUUGGUCUCGGGAGCAGGACAUAAACUCCCUUCAUGUCUCCAAAAGACACCGCAAGCUGCUGAAAACAAGUCCCCCAAUACAUCACAUCACCAAAAAGGAUUCCUCAUCCUCUUCUUCCCCCUCGUCCUCUUCUUCUUCCUCCUCCUCAUCCUCAGUUUCCUUCCCUUCUGUUUCUGGCUCUUCUAUCCUUGACAGGUGGAAAAAGCUUGCCGAUAUUCAGGUUGCACGCCGGCAACUGAUGAAGGAGAUCUGUGCCAAGUACAAAAGCAACAUCUCCAAGACCAUAACAGGUCAUCAUGUGAAAAACCUCUUUGUGGAGGACAAGUACAAGUUGUUGUACUGCCAGGUGCCGAAGGCGGGCUGUUCCAACUGGAAGAGGACCCUGAUGGUGCUGGCAGGCAUGGCCCCCAAUGCUCAGAGCAUUAAACACGACACAGUCCACGACGGCAACCAUCUCAGGGAGCUUAGAACCUUUGACCACAAGGGAAUCAUGCACCGUCUGGAGACCUACACCAAAGUCAUGUUUGUCCGGGAGCCUUUAGAGAGAAUAGUGUCAGCUUAUAGGGACAAGUUUGAAAAUCCUAACGACUACUACCACAACCUGUUUGGGAAACCAAUCAUCUCCAAGUACAGGGCAAACCCAUCCGUUGAAGCCCUAAAGACAGGCAAUGGGGUCACGUUCAAGGAGUUUGUCCAGUACCUGUUGGAUGUCCAUCGGCCUGUGGGAAUGGACAUCCACUGGGAGCAGGCCCACCAGCUCUGCAACCCUUGUCUCAUAGACUAUGACUUCAUCGGCAAGUUUGAGAGCAUGGAGGAAGAGUCCAACUUUCUCCUGCGAUUGACUGGGGCACCACCCAAUGUCAAGCUGCCCAGUUUUAAAGAUAGGAACCCAACUGACAAGAGAACCUCUACGGAGAUCACAGAAAAAUACUUUUCACAGGUCAGCACGUCAGAGAGACAGCGGAUCUAUGACUUCUACUACACAGACUAUCUGAUGUUUAACUACACAAAGCCUUUUAAAGAUUUAUAUUGACUGACUCUAAUCAGCUCUUGAAAUACAUUUCCCAUCUACAUCUCUACCAUGAUAGUACUAACAUCAAGAUGCUGACUCGCAUGCUCACAUGGAUCUUUGCAUCAAAGCAGACAGAUCAGACUAAACCUCCUCUGAUUUUGCUUUUAAUGGAUACAUUUCUACCAGAUAAUCUCAAUUUUCAGACAGAUAUGAGAAGAGAUGAAACGUUAAUGUGAUACCAAAUAUUUUAAAUUGGCCUAAAAUGGUAAUUGGUUAUUUAUUCAAUGCUAGCACAUGGUGAGGUAGAAAAUUAAAAUUAUAAAUGUUAUGUUUCUAAAAAAUAAAUAAAAGUGUAUUAUUGUUCAACUGGCUUUAAAUUAUGGUAUGCCUUACUGGAAGUCAAAUAGGAUUUGCAAAUUAGUUUUAUGGUUUGAUUUAACAUAGGCACCAUCUGGGUGCAAUUUAAUAUAGGUUCUACUCACAUUGCUAAAGCCACAAGUGAUUUCACUAUACAGAAAAGUAUGCUAUGUAAGCCCCUAUCACCUACCUUUAGAAUAAUGAUAUCACAACAUUUAUAUAUACAGUAAUAUAUAGUUUCUCUAGUCCUUCGUUGACCUCAGAUAAAGAUCAAGUAAUGAUCACCACCAUGUACUGUGAUUUGUAGUGAUCACCACCAUGUACUGUGAUUUGUUCAUCUGGGGUCGCUGCAUUUUAAUUGUACAGUAAUUUAAUUGAUAGAUUUGCAUUUACUAUUUGACUUACAUCCGGAUUAGGCAUCAGUAUACCUCUAUGUAUCAGUGCAUACUAAUACAGAUAUUUCAUGUAAAUGGUUUUACUAAGCAUAAACCAUAGCAAAAUUAAAAACUAUAUAUAGUAUAAAUAUUUAAAAUGUGUCACGUGUUGCCCACUCUAAAGCUGUGUGCAUUUAUUGUAGCAUUUUUGUAUUUCUAACUCGGUUGGUUAGGUUUGUUGGGAGGACAUCCAGUUAUUUGCAGGGUACAAAGUUUUGCUGACAAUGCCUCCCAACGCCUGCGAACCAAGACUUACUAAUCAUUCCGUUUUAGAGCCUGUUGAUGGAGUUGGCAAGCAAAUUGGUAUAAGUCAACAAAAACAACACAAAAACAGAUGUUAACACUUUGUAUUAUGACAGUCUGUAUGGUUUGGACACUUUUGAGGACGAGAAAAUUAACAGAGUUUGCCCAAACUUCUCCAUCUAUCACACUAAACACCCCCUGAACUGUUAUCACGUACAAAUCUCACACUUUCAGUAACUCCAUAGCGUCUGUAUUUAUCACAUCUACUCCACAACACCAUAUAGGCUUUUUUCGGACACUACUGUGUACAAUUGUACAAAGUAUAAUGGGCAUUCAGAUGACUAUAUAUUUUUCUAUGUAUUUCUAAAAAAAUAUCUAUAUAUACUGUACAUUCAGUGCUUAUGGUGAAAGUAGGUUUAUUUCCUUUUUGAUGUCAUUUGUUCUGUAAUAACCGUGUAGAGUUGUUGUGAAACAGAAGAGUUACUUUCCAAAAUAAAAUAUCCACCAGCUAAAAACCAGAAGUAUUACUCUCAAGAAACUAAAUGAUUGAAAAAUCUUUGCGGUGCCAUUUAAAGUGCAGAGGAUAACUUAAAUAGUUUGAUUGAUGAAUUGAUACAAGUCGGUGCUUUAGAGGUAGUUAAAUAUUGUUUUUGAUGACAAUGGAUGUAUUCAUUUUUGGAAAUUAGCUCUUCAAUUACUUCUGUUUGGUCUCUCUAUAUGAUAAUAGACCCUGUACAGGCGAGCUGCAUUCCACCUAGUUACUCAUCCUGGCUAAUGACAUUUUUACCCAUAGCAACUCCUCUAUGUGCGUGUGUGUGGUACUGAAAGAGCUUUGCAAUCUUUUUCCUGCAUUUUUUGGAAACAUACGCACAUUGCUAAAAGACACAAAUUAAGGGAAAACUAUCCUGUGUGUAACAUUACUUAACAUUACAAAUUAAGGGAAAACUAUCCUGUGUGUAACAUUACUUAAUAAAAUCCAAGACACCAACCCAGCUGGUACUAAAGUCAGAAAAGCUUUUUUCAUAAGUACGGUCAGAGCACAUAACGAUGCGCUCUAGUGAAAACUCCACAGAGACUGGCAAUUCUUACUUCCUGAGCACUCAAAUCUUUCUUUUUAUUAAAUUAGGGCUCUAUAAUAACCCUUUCUAACAUUAAACAUGUCCAAGAUACAAAAAAAUGUAACAUUGGGUAAAAAGGAAUGGACCCACUCAUCAGAUAAUUGCACACAGGAAAUCUCCAAGAUUAUAUUGACUUAAUAGAGACCUCAGACAGAAAGUUGGGUUUAAGUGAAUACACAUAACUGUGACACCAAAAUAGUUGUGGCAAAUAUAUGCUUAAAUUUACAGAGAAAUACCUUUUUGAUAGACAAAAUACAGAGUAAAACCGCUUUGGUCCCCCCUACAGGUUGUCAUAUUGGAACUACAGCUCGCGCAGCUGUAAUUCUAAGGAGACCACUUGUAGGGGGGACAGAAGCUACGGCCAGUACAAGCUGUAGUUCCAAUGAGAAAACCUGCAGGGGGACCGAAGAGGGAACAGUUACAUAGUGUUGCUUGAAAUCAAAAUCACAAGUCUGACUACAACCAAAGUGGGUAGCAGUGUAUUUUUAAAGAGGGCGCGUUGCAAAAAUUAACUUUGUUUAUUUUGAUGCUACAACAACCUAUGGUUAGACUCCUGUAACGUAGCACUCACUAUUCAGCUAUACACUUUACAGCUCACUGAAAAUGUGUUUUAUGUAACAAAAUACUUUAUAAAGAGACAUAAUUGCCUAUGAGUAAGGGGAAAUUGAUAUUAUUUAAAUCUAUACACACUAUAACCAACUUUUGAACAACUUUAACAAUUUUGGUGGUAGUAACGUUUCACGAUGAUGGUAAUUGUAUGAACUUUUGUCGGUAUACUGUGUUGGCUUUUGCAAUUCCAAAAUCUUUGCUUAGGUUGUGGUUGGAUUCUAUGUAGGUAUAGCCAAUAUCUGUCCAAAACAGCUACUGCAUUAUAAUGAGUAUUACUCUGCUAAAACUCUGUCCGUCCAUCCCCACUAAUAAAGCUUUUACUCUUGGUAUGUGGGUGUAUGGACAGAUUUAUCAAAAGCGUAAUUACAGUAACAAGUGAAUGUAUAACUGUUUAUUGUUGGUGCAAAAGUGUAUGAUCUUAAGCCCUUUGCCUUAUUUUACACUACAAAUCAAAUGGUGUAUUUCAGGAAGACAUUCUUCAGGAGAUUAUUAUGUCUGACUAAUGAGUGUCUACUAAUAAAUUGUCUUUAGCAUUUU